AUGGGCUCCCCUUCCGCCACGCCAUCGGUUGUCGUCAUCUCGUCGAAGAACCCUGUCAAGAUUGCCGCCGCUCGUGAUGGCUUCAGUCGCAUCUUCCCGGGCACGACCUUUGACGUCCGCGCCAUCUCGGUCCCUUCCGGCGUGCCCGACCAACCCUUUUCUGAUGAUGAGACCUUCCGUGGCGCCUUGAACCGUGCGAACCGCGCGAGGGACGACCUGCCGAACGCCGACUACUGGGUGGGCAUCGAGGGGGGCGUCCACGUCCAUUGUCGAGCGCCAGCGUCAGGGACGGAGACGGAGACGGAGAGGGAUACCCGGAAGAUCGACAAACGUGAGACCCAGGCCGGUCCCAUCGAGUCUUUUGCCUGGGUCGUCGUCCUCGACAAGGCCGGCCGCCUAGGCAAAGCCCGCACGGCGGCCUACUACCUGCCCGAGGAGACGGCGAAGCUGCUGCGCGACGGCAUGGAACUGGGCCACGCCGACGACUUGGUGCACGGAAGGACGAACUCGAAGCAGCACAGCGGGUCCGUCGGCAUCUUAACCGACGACGCCGUCGAUCGCGCCUCCUAUUACACCCAGGCUGUCAUUCUGGCCCUCAUCCCGUUCAAGAAUCCCCGCUUGACAUUUGCAUGA